ACUAUCGUCAGUGGUUAGCCCAGCUCUAACGUUUCGAGCAACAAGUUUAUUUUAUUUUCAUAAACAAAGUUCGUUUAAAGGCUAAAAGCGAGGAUAUAGUGAUGUUUUGUGGCAUGUAUUAUGUGCCCCUUUGAUUGCGCGACAGUGAGCAUCUAAAGAACAGCGUAAUUAACCCGGAUCUAAGGAAUUGCAACUGGAGCAGCUGAAAGAGGCACACGCCAACAAAUCGAGAUCGAGAUCGAGAAUUAAGUUGACACCCAUUCCGCGGCCAUGCAAAUCGAAGCGAUCGAGUUGAGCUGAUCGAAUAGGUCCGGAAACAUGCUGCUCAGCGAGACCCACUUUUGGACGACGCUGCGGGAGGAGGUGCGCAUCAAGAGCCAGGAUCUGGGGGCCUUUCGCUAUCUUCGCCAGCGGGACAAGGAUCGGGAGCAGCAGGACCUCACUUUUCUGGCCAAAAGGGACUACACCGAGCGUCGCAAUGGAUUGGCGGUUCUGAAGAACAGCAGCAGGAAGGCGGCCGGACGGUUGAAGGACAACCUCAAGAAACUGGAGGAUCUGCUGCGGCAGCACAGGAUCAUCCACUCCGAGUGGCAGGAUGCAGCGCAGGUCCUUCUGCUGUUCGCCCAUGGACUAAUAGCCCACAUCUGCGUGGAUAUAUACACGGGGGACAUCCUGCGGAUGGUCUUCGAGAAGUAUCUGGUGGGCAAACUCGCCUCGGAGGUCAUCACAGAUGCUUUUUUCACCCGUUCCCACAUCGUCUUGGCCUACAAUACCAACCAGCUGACGGUGGUGCAUCUGCAGCGGCCGAAUGCGCGAUCGCAGGGGCCGGAGAAGAUCGCCAACAUGGAUCCGCGGAUCUUCCACGUGAUCAUUCCGGGCGCCACGGAGCGCAAGCUAUCCCGCCACCUCACUGUCAACAGCAGCUUCGAUCUGUUUGUGGUCUGGACGCAGUCCUCGCAGAACGAGGUGUAUCCCUGGAGGCCAACGAUCAGGGAUCAGGAUCGAGCCAACAUACAUGUGUUCAAAAUUAAGGGUUUGCAGCUGGAAUCAAUUGCCUAUUGCUGGUCGGAGAACGACCCGUUGUGCGUGGACUUCCUGCGAAGCAGCGAGAGCCAGAUCAUCACCCUGGAGCAGAAGGUUUCCCGCAAGGGCGACAUAAGCGCCGAGAUCUGCUCCUACGAGCUGGCUGCCGGCAAAAUGCAGCGCACCGCCAUUACCUCGAUCCCAAUGGGCGCCCAGAUCUGCUCCUUCGCCUUCAGUCCCGACCAGGAGAAGCUCUUCCUGGGCAGCAUCGAUCGCAACAUCUGCCUGCACGACCUGGUCCAGCAGUCGACGAAGUACGCCAACCAAAUCGAGAUCGUGCCCAACCAGUGUGCCUGGCACUGCGACUCCGCCAUGCUGUGCGUGGCCAACGAACGAUCUGUGCUGCAGUGCUUUGAUCUGGCCCUGGCGACCAUUGGCCAUCAGCUGGUCAGCGAGACAGUGACUCCGUCGAGUCUCUUGGACUUGUCGCACUACUUUGUGGCCCAGCCAACGCUGCUGAGCGUCGCCUUCAGCCGGAAGCCUGAUCUGGCCACUUUUAAGCACACCUACGCCCAGACUGACUGCCUGCUGUUGCUGAUCUACGAGCAGGGACCGCUCGCCUGCAUGCGCAUCUUUGGCGGCACUGGCAUGCGCGGGGAUAUCCACAACUCCGGCCUCACUGCGGACGUGAUUGCGGACAAGUAUCUGCGGCUGCAGCAGCCAGAUAGGGCGGUGAAUGUCCUGGCCGCCCUCAACUGGGAGACAUACGGAGCCAUGUGUCUGAUCACGCUGCACAAGAUAGCCAACUACGUGUUCUUUGGCGGGGAUCAGCGAAGGCCUCGCAUCGAACUGAUGGCCCGAGCCCUGAAGACUUUCGCCCACACGCUUUCUGAGGAAACGAAGGAUGAGUUUAGCGACCAGGUGUACGACCUGAAACGUCGCUUUUGCUUCUUUCUGCUGCGCAAAAACCUAUUCGCAGAGGCCCUUGAAAUUGCCCAGGAUGUGGCCGAUUAUGAUAUCUUCAUGGACCUGUACAAUCUAACGAAGUGCAUCUCUAGCCUGGGUGAAUUCGCCCAGGUGGCGUUCAGUCAGGCAGCUGCCAUAAUUCAUGAAGAAGAUCGUGCCAAUGGCAAUCUCAGCCUGACUUGCGACCUGCGAUCGGAGUCGGCCUGUUCGCUGUCCACCUGCUCGGAUUUAUUGCGAGGUCAGGGAGCGGCAUCAGGACCAGCCACAGGUUUAAAGCCAGUGCAGCCGCAGAUUCAGCAGGUCCUAAAGAACUAUGUGCCACCGCUGCCCUCGUUCAAGUCGAAGGUCUUCAAUGCUGAGAUGAUCAAGAUCAACAUUCCCAAACCGGAGUUGAGGCCGCCGUUGCCGAAAGUUUCGAUAGCACCACCAAUUACAUCGCUGGCUAGUCUCUCCUUGAAGAGCAAUAGUCAGCAUCAGGCAUCUGUGAAAAGUAUAAACUCAAAUGGUAAUGUGUGGUCCCAGGAUGUCCCCGAUCAGACAGUGGGUCUGCCGAUGGCCGGCAGUCCGAUUCCUCGUCUCCAGCCUCCAAACAACCCGGAUCAAAGCACCCAACUUGGUCAACUCAAUGUAAUGCCAACAUCGCCUCCACCGGCAGCAGCCUAUCAGCCCAAGUUUUACCAGCACCCGCUUGUCUCUGGCAAUAUACCCGCCAUGCUGACCUCAGUGACCAGUGAGGACUACCAGAAGCGCCUUCUGCUUAAGAAACCCACGGCAUCCAUAUUGUCCAACCCGGCAAAUCCUGCUCCCACGAAUGGAGAGGCAGUCACGCCAACUGCCAAGUCACAAACGGCCGAAAAGAACAAAGUCAAAUUCUCCGAUACAAUACAAGUUGCUGUGGUGCCGGAGAUUCCUCGCAAGGAGAAGCCCAUGCCGCCGAAGAGAAAUGGUUAUUCCAGGCCUGCUCCACGGCAUUUGACCAAUCCUAAAAAGGAACUGGCCGACAGUUUGCCGCUUUGUCAUCCCAACGAUGAGUAUCUAAAGGAUUUUAAUCCCAUCACCACAAAUGUGAACAAGCCACCAAUCCGACGGCGCGAAGAGGAACCCAAGCAGAGCAGCAGCAAGAGCGCCAACUCCUCCUCCUCGUCCUCCAUCAAAGUGGUCCACUUCGGUGUGGUAUAGUACUCCAUAGAGCAAUUCCCAGUCUAACACCAUUUCUUGCUUAAGAGCGUCUUCCACUAGUUUGUAACCAUUGCCGUCCCAGUUAGUGCAAAGCUUUAAAUAGGAAAGUUUUUAUUCAUAGGUUCUCUCUACACUUUACACAGGUUACUUAUUAAAAUAAAUGUUUGCCAAAUCGGAA